GUACCAGGUACCGGUACCGGUACGAUGUAGCUGUCGCAGGGUUCUCCAACCGUUGUGUCCGAAGAAGAUAAAAACCCAAGCAAGCUGCAUGGCAAAGCAAAAAGGGACGAACGCACAACACAAACAACUCAGCUGUUGGUUUGUGAAAGAGGAUUACGAUACAAACAUACUUACUUGUUCAGUCAGUACGGUAGAGUGUCGACGAUGGGUGCCUGUACGGCAUGUCGAGCUGCCAAAGUGAAAUGUGAUCAGAGUUUUCCUUGCAAGCGUUGUGAACGUCUUGGAAAGACUUGUAUUCCUCAUGAAUCGAAACAAGGGCAGAAUCCGGCACGGCUCCAUAAUAAGCGAAAGCUAGAUGAUUGUCCGUGCCCCGUCGGGACGGCAGAAGAGUUAAAAUUCGAAUGUGCCAUCCUGAAAAAGAGCACGGGAAUGGUCCGGAAGGAUCACUAUGCCUUGAAGCAUUUGGUUCGAAAGUGGAUCGCCAUGUCCCUCAAGCGUCGGUCUUUUACGCUGUGGUCUCGUGCCGGUAGUUUGGCCGUGGCCUGUGGCAUGUCCAUGGAUGAAGUACUCUGUGAAAUGAAUGAAGAACAACGAGGAAUGGAUUUCCUCCAUCAACUGAUCACCACUCCGUCAGCAGACCAAACUCUCAUUGCCAAAACACCCCUGACGGCACAAGACAUUCCAGAGAAGCUAUGGAAGGCCGUCGGCAUGCCGACGUCACCGGAAUCGAUGGAACAAGCUCUUCAAUCUCGUUGCUUUUAUGUGAUGGAAGUAAACAAGGGUGUUCUUCGAUACUACGUGUCUCCUGCGUUUGUCGAAAACGUUGGUAUCAAUUUGCAAACGAUUGAAGAAACCUAUCGGGCCAACAAUGUGGAAGUUAUGCAACUUUUCCAUGCCAAACCAAAGGGUCCAAAAGAACAACACUACAUGGUAAGCUUUGCCCAGCAGUUGGCGCUGCAUAGCAAACCCGACAUACGUCCAAAGCCUACCAAAGUGAAAAACGUCAGAAUCAUGGUGGGAGACGAUAAGAAAGAAGUAAUUGUGGACCAGUUGGUGUGUUUAUACGUUCCCAAACUGGAUGUAUCGUAUAACUUGACAGAGUACAUCAUUGAUACCAACGACACUCUACUAAUGACGAAGAAGAAGACAGGGGCUCAUCCCACGGUCUCCAUCAAUAACAACGACAUCAAUCCUCAAGCAGAAGCUUCCUAUGAAGCUCCUCCCUUGACGGAUUUGCCGGACUUUUAUUUGGACCUCAAUUCCGUGGAAGGAGGCGAUGAUGAUUUCAAAACCAUCCUCGAUCUUUUGCAGCAAAGCUAGCUAUUUACAUAUUAUUAAAAGCAGGCGUAUCCUUGGGAACAGUGAAGAGUUUAUAAAGGUAAAAAUUACAAGAUUAUUCAGCCU